AUGAACGAGUCCCUCAUUCACCUGCACUUUGCCGGAGGGUAUCUGCCCUCUGACUCUGAGGGCUGGAGGACCUUAGUUCCCGCUCUCUUGGUGGCGAUCUGUCUGGUGGGCUUCGUGGGCAACUUGUGUGUGGUUGGUAUCCUCCUGCACGGAGCCUGGAAAGGAAAGCCAUCCAUGAUCCACUCCCUGAUUCUGAACGUCAGCCUGGCUGACCUCUCUCUCCUCCUGUUCUCUGCACCCAUCCGAGCCACAGCCUACACCAAAGGUGCGUGGGACCUAGGCUGGUUUGUCUGCAAGUCCUCCGACUGGUUCGUCCACACAUGCAUGGCAGCCAAGAGCCUGACAAUUCUGGUGGUGGCUAAAGUAUGCUUCAUGUAUGCAAGGGACCCCGCCAAGCCAGUAAGUAUCCAUGACUGCACCGUCUGGUCAGUGCUGGGGAGCAUCUGGGCUCUGGCGAGCCUGCUCCCCCUCCCAGAAUGGUUCUUCAGCACCACCAGGCAUCAUGCCGGUGUGGAAAUGUGCCUCAUGGAUGUACCAGUUGUGGCUGAAGAGUUCGUGUCGAUGUUUGGAAAGCUCUACCCUCUCCUCGUGUUCUGCCUCCCAUUACUCUUGGCCAGCUUUUAUUUCUGGAGAGCUUAUGGCCAAUGUAAAAGACAAGGGACUAAGACUCAGAACCUGAGGAACCAGAGGCGCUCAAAGCAACUCACAGUAAUGUUGCUGAGAAUGGCCAUGACCUCUGCUGUUCUAUGGCUCCCCGAGUGGAUAGGGUGGCUGUGGAUGUGGCAUCUGAAAGCUGGGAGCCCAGCCCCACCACAGGGCUUCAUUGCCCUGUCCCAAGUCCUCAUGUUUUCCACCUCUUCAGCAAACCCUCUCAUUUUCCUAGUGAUGUCAGAGGAGUUCAAGGCGGGUGUGAAAGGUGUAUGGAAAUGGAUGAUAAUCAAAAGACAUCUGACUGCCUCAGAAUCUCUGGAAACACCAGCUGGCAACUCAGUGGUCCUUCCAGACAAUGUCCCAUCUCCAGGAUCCCCAACAUCCAUACCAGAGAAAGAGGAAACUGGCUUGCCCUCCUCCGGCGAAGAGAAAACCGACAAGGCAGAGAUCUCCACCCUCCCUGACGUGAAGCAGUUCUGGCACGAGAGGGACACGGUUCCUUGUGUACAAGACAAUGACCCUACCCCCUGGGAACAUGAGGAUCAAGAGAGAGCAGACUGUGAUAAGUAG